GAGAUCAAGAUGAGUAGCUUCUCUAUCAUCCAUCUGCAAAUCGAGAUGUCUAAAAGCCCGAAAAAGAUCUUUAAGAGCAGGAGCCAUUAGCAUAUUCGUAUCCCCUCUAGCAGUCUAGCUUACUCUCCUCUCCUCUCUUCGCUUUGUGUGUUUUCAAAAUUUCAGCUCUUGGCUACACUCCAAAAUACAAACAAACAAAACCAAGAAAAAAACUGGUGGAUGCAAUUGAGUUUGGAUAUGGCACCAAUCCUCCAAUGGCAUGCACCCCACGUCAGCAAACCGAACUCUCCUUCUCCAUCAAUACACAAACUCCUUAGCAUACCCAUUCCAAUACGAAAAAACACAAGAGGAAAAACUUCCCCUUCACUUCACCAUACCGUAAAUAUCUCCAAACCUCCUGGCCGGCCUGCCUAGCAACAUGGCGGCAGUGUCAGCAGACUGCCGGUUCUCCCUGACCGCGUCCCACGGCAGCAAUGGGCUGGCCAUGCCGGUGAGGAGGAGUUCUUCUUCGUCGAGGGUUGUUAAGUUUGGGAAUGGAGAGUUCAUGGGAAGCAAGCUCAAAACCACACCAUCACUGGUUUCUUCUCACAGAAGGAGUUGCUGUAACAAAGUUGCUAAGCAACCUGCAAUCAUGUCGGUCGCGGCUGAUUUAUUUGGGUCUAAGUUGAGGGAUGUUGAGAUGGAGAGAAGGGACCCAAGGACGGUUGUUGCAGUUAUUCUAGGAGGAGGAGCUGGUACUCGCCUCUUCCCUCUCACUAAACGCCGAGCCAAGCCUGCUGUCCCGAUCGGAGGUGCAUAUCGGCUAAUCGAUGUGCCAAUGAGCAACUGCAUCAACAGCGGGAUCAACAAGGUCUACAUUCUCACUCAGUACAACUCUGCUUCGCUAAACAGGCAUCUUGCUCGAGCUUACAACUUUGGCAGUGGAACCAACUUUGGAGACGGCUAUGUGGAGGCGCUGGCUGCAACUCAAACACCAGGGGAGACUGGAAAUAAGUGGUUUCAAGGGACUGCAGAUGCGGUUCGACAAUUCCAUUGGUUGUUCGAGGAUGCAAGGAGUAAGGAGAUUGAGGAUGUGCUGAUACUGUCAGGAGAUCAUCUCUAUCGUAUGGACUACAUGGACUUUGUUCAGAACCAUAGGCAGAGUGGAGCAGACAUCACCAUUUCUUCUCUGCCGAUAGAUGACAAACGUGCAUCAGACUUUGGUCUAAUGAAGAUAGACAACAAGGGAAGGGUCCUCUCCUUUAGUGAAAAGCCUAGAGGAAAAGAGCUCAAGGCAAUGGCAGUUGAUACUACAGUGCUAGGGCUCUCCAAAGAUGAAGCUGUAAAGAAACCAUACAUUGCCUCCAUGGGAGUUUACCUCUUCAAGAAAGAGAUACUGCUCAAUCUUCUCAGAUGGCGAUUCCCAACAGCUAAUGACUUUGGAUCCGAAAUAAUCCCAGCUUCAGCGAGCGAGUACCAUGUAAAGGCUUACUUGUUCAAUGAUUACUGGGAAGACAUUGGAACUGUUCGGUCAUUCUUCGAGGCAAAUCUCGCUCUUACAGAGCAUCCACCGAGGUUUAGUUUCUAUGAUGCUGCGAAGCCAAUUUACACAUCAAGGAGAAACCUGCCACCUAGCAACAUUCACAAAAGCAAGAUCGUCGAUUCAAUCAUCUCACACGGAAGCUUCUUGACAGACUGCUACAUUGAACACAGUGUUGUUGGCAUUCGAUCUAAAAUCAACUCUAAUGUCCAACUAAAGGACACAGUUAUGUUAGGAGCUGACUUCUAUGAAACUGAAGAUGAAGUAGCUUCAUUGGUGGCAGAAGGAAGAGUCCCUAUUGGGAUAGGAGAAAACACAAAAAUCAGGUACAGCAUUAUCCUUUUUCUUCAUUUGACUCAUGUUAAGUUUUGCUACCCCUUGUCCAGAGAAUGCAUUAUUGACAAAAAUGCCCGAAUUGGGAAGAAUGUUAUCAUUGCUAACUCAGAGGGAAUACAAGAGGCUGACAGAACUUCUGAAGGCUUCUACAUUCGAUCUGGGGUUACAGUUAUUUUUAAAAACGCAGUCAUUGAAGAUGGACUUGUAAUAUAAAUAAUAAAUUCCUUCACCCUUACAAUUCUUUGUUUUUGUUUGAAAUGUGAGUUAGCAGAAGAUACUGAUAAGGCCCAAGUUCCGAACAGUAAUACAACAUGUUAAGUUCUUUCUGAUCUACUAAACCGAUAGAAUAUCAAAUCUUUUUCUCCACAAGAAAAAGACGAAUUAGAGUACGGAAAAUGUAUGCAACAACUUGAUUCCAGAAUAAAAGGGCCAACACUUGAAUCAAA